CUUCCCUCGCGCUGUUUAUUGCCGGUUGAAAAAAAAAGCACUUAUUUUUAGGUCAGACGCUGAGAAUCUGUCUUUUUAAACGAUCUUUGUUGCGGAGUGAAAGGGGGCGGAGCCAAGCGGGAUCUGAAUCGAGAUGGCCACCUUCACUGAGAGGAUGGGGCCUGUCUUGUUGUUCUGGCUGGGCUUGUGUCUCAGUGGGACCUGGGCUGUGGACAAGGGCAAUUUCAAGACCUGCGACCAGAGUGCUUUCUGCAAGCGUCAGCGAGCAAUAACACCUGGUGAGUCCCCUUAUCGGGCCCUGCUGGAAACAAUGGAGCUGACCAACACCAAGCUCACCUUGCAGCUCAUCAAUGACAAUAACAAGGUGCGUCUUUUGCUGGAGCUCUACCGUCUCCAGGGAAACAUAACGAGGGUGAAGAUUAACGAGCUGAAGCCUCUGAAGCCUCGCUAUGAAGUCCCCGAUGUGCUGAUCAGGGAGCCGCCCACUGAGCCCCUCUCCCUCCUGUCCCAGGAUGAGAACGGGGUGGUUCUGUCCCUGGGAGCAGAGUCCCAGCGGGUCAUUGUCAGUGCUCGGCCCUUCAGGCUCGACAUCGUUGAGGGACGUGACGUGCUGAUGUCCCUGAACUCACGUGGCCUGCUUGGUUUCGAGCACUUGAGGAUGCGCAAGGACACUUUCUCCUAUAAAGUAACUAGCACAGUGGCUAGCGUGUGGGAUAAUAUCAAGAGGGUAUUCUCUAGCAGUCAGGCUGAUCCGGAGGCUGACAACAAAGAGGCGACAGAUCCGCCUAGCCAGGUCGAGACCACUAAAGAAGAGGAAGAGAAAGUAGAAGACGGGAUGUGGGAAGAAACGUUUAAAUCGCACACAGACAGCAAACCAAAUGGACCCUCUGCUGUCAGUUUAGACUUCUCAUUGCCAGGCGUGGAGCACGUCUAUGGCAUCCCAGAACAUGCCGACACCCUCAAACUUAAAACAACAGACGGGGAUCCUUAUCGGCUUUAUAACCUGGAUGUUUUCCAGUAUGAAUUGUACAACCCUAUGGCUCUGUAUGGGAGUGUCCCUGUUAUGUUGGCACACAAUGCUCAGCGCACUACAGGCAUCUUCUGGCUCAAUGCUGCAGAAACCUGGGUGGAUAUAAGUUCAAACACAGCAGGAAAGACUGUGUUUGGAAAAAUGCUGGAUUAUGUUCAAGGCUCCAGUGAAACGCCACAGACUGAUGUCCGCUGGAUCUCAGAAAGUGGAAUCAUCGAUGUCUUUCUCAUGCUGGGACCAACUCCCAGAGAGGUCUUUUCCCAGUAUGCCUCUCUAACAGGCACUCAGGCCUUCCCUCCUUUGGCCUCACUCGGCUACCACCAGUGCCGCUGGAACUACAACGAUCAGGAAGACGUGCGUGCGGUGGAUGCCGGCUUCGACGAGCAUGACAUCCCCUACGAUUUCAUUUGGCUGGAUAUUGAGCACACGGAUGGGAAGCGCUAUUUCACCUGGGAUCCUCACAAGUUUGCAUCACCAAAGGAAAUGCUUCAGGGUCUCAUGGACAAAAAACGCAAGAUGGUUGCCAUCGUGGACCCUCACAUCAAAGUGGACACCAACUAUAAGAUCCAUAAUGAGAUUCGCUCUCGGGGUUUCUACAUUAAGAAUAAAGAUGGCGCAGACUAUGAAGGCUGGUGCUGGCCUGGCAGCGCUGGUUAUCCAGACUUCACCCGUCCUGACAUGAGAGCCUGGUGGGCCGGCCAGUUCGCCUACGAUCAGUAUGAGGGUUCCAUGGAGAACUUGUAUACAUGGAAUGACAUGAAUGAGCCAUCUGUGUUCAACGGGCCUGAAGUCACUAUGCACAAGGAUGCGUUGCAUGGAUCCUGGGAGCACCGUGACGUGCAUAACCUAUACGGCUUCUAUGUGCAAAUGGCCACUGCACAGGGUUUGAUUGAAAGGUCUGGAGGGGUGGAGAGACCGUUUGUCCUCACCAGGGCUUUCUUUGCCGGUUCCCAGCGUUUGGGUGCUGUGUGGACCGGAGACAACGCUGCUGAGUGGGACCAUCUGAAAAUCUCUAUCCCCAUGUGUCUGAGUCUGGGCCUGGUGGGAAUCUCCUUCUGUGGCGCUGACGUUGGUGGUUUCUUUAAGUCUCCAAGUUCUGAGCUGCUGGUGCGUUGGUACCAGACGGGGGCUUACCAGCCGUUUUUCAGGGCCCAUGCCCACCUGGACACGCCUCGCCGUGAGCCCUGGCUGUUCGGCCCAGAAAACACGGCUCUGAUCCGCGAAGCUGUGCGCCAGCGCUACACAUUUUUGCCUUACUGGUACCAGCUCUUCUAUCAUGCUUAUCAAACUGGAGAGCCCGUCAUGAGACCACUUUGGGUGGAGUAUCCCCAGGACCCUGCUACUUUUGCUUUGGAUGAUGAGUUUCUGCUUGGCCGAGACCUGUUGGUGCACCCAGUAACUGAAGAGGGAGCCAGAGGAGUCACUGCUUACCUGCCUGGGAAAGAUGAGGUCUGGUUCGACAUCCACACCUUCCAGAAGCACAACGGGGUGCAAAACCUUUACAUCCCUGUCACCAUGAGCUCCAUCCCAGUGUUCCAGCGCGGCGGCUCCAUCAUUCCCAGGAAGCUUCGAGUUCGCAGGUCCUCCGCCUGUAUGGAGGAUGACCCGUACACUCUCUAUGUGGCUCUUGAUAAUAGGAGAACUGCAGAAGGAGAGCUGUACAUAGACGAUGGCCACACCUUUAACUUUGAAAAGAGGGAGUUUAUCCUCCGGAAGUUUUCCUUCACCAACAAUGUCCUGUCCUCUGUUAACCUUGAACCAGAUGCCCAGUUUACAACCAAGUCUUGGGUGGAACGCAUUAUUAUACUGGGUGCCAGCAAACCCAGCAAGAUCACUCUUAGAACUUCUGAUGACCAGGAGAAUCAGCUGGAGUUCGAUUUCGACGCCUCCAUGUCUGUGUUGACAAUCCGAAAGCCUGGCAUGAACGUGGGGGCAGACUGGACCGUGACCCUUCAGUAACCUUAGAGAUGGAAAACAACUGAUGGGAGGGAAUAGACAGAAUCCCUUAAACCCUCCAAACUAACUAGAGGACAACAGUAACUGCAGAAACACACUGAUUACAGUUUCCAUCCACAUUAAGACGGUUUGGUGAUCUAAGACACCAACGUCUGCCAUCUUCCUUUUGUGUUCAGGCACACUGUGAGACCUGCCGAUAAUGAUUAUUAUUUACUACUAGAUAGAUCAAUGUUUGACACAUUUUUAAUGGAAGAAACACCAGAGUGGGUCUAGUUGGAACACUUUAGCAAAACUUCUGGCCUUUAUUUUGCUGUUAAAUCUUGGUUUAGCACACAGUCUGCCUCAGAUAAAUGCAUCACUGUAAGCCGUCAUAGAGUUUGAGUUUUUUUUUUAAUAAUGAAGGUAAACUAUUUGCCUCACACACACUCCACCUGCUGCUGAUUUAAAGAAAUAUCAUUCCUUCUUUAGACAGUCCUCAGAUCAGAUAAGAGCUCAGCCUUCUUUCCUUGUGCUGAUUAAACUAUGGAGGGACAGAUUAACAAGUUUCCUUUUAUCCCUGUUUUUUUCCGACUGUUUCUAACUCCACAAAGAUGCCUUUAUCUUCAGCAGCUCAUUUUCAUCCAGCCUGUUGUUUCUCAGCGUUGAAUGGAAACUCUUCUCAUUGCUUCCGUUUAACCUAAUUUUCUUUCCCACUAAGGAGUUUUGAACUGGAAAUCCAUCAUUCAACUGAUGUUUUUUCUUUUGAGACUUUUUAUAUUGCACUGGAGGAAGGGUAAGCUCUUAUAAAAUAGUUAGAUUUUUAUGUGUUUCCUAGGUAUUAGUUGAAAUCUUGUGAUUUGGGUUUUUAUGAUUGGAUCAGCUGAAAUCAUUGAAGACUGCUUACAGUUGUCCACUUGGAGCCAUCUGAUUUACAGAAACAUCUGUC